GCCGUUAACGCUUCGAGGACGAUCUCGAUGAUCGCUUCGUUAACAUCUCUUUUGACGCUUAUCGGUAUAGACGGCAUGGGACACGUCAGCGGACACAAUGUUGAUCGUCCUAUCCAUCAAGAUUCAAGCAGUGCUACAGGUCCUGUAUUUAUCGCUCCAGUUGGAAAUCAAACGGCUGCAAUUGGUCGUGAAGUCGUUUUCUCCUGCAGUGUUCGCAACAUUGGAAAAUAUAAGGUUGGCUGGCUACGUGCCUCGGACCAGACGAUUCUCUCGGUCCACACGAGAACGGUAACGCACAAUGCACGUAUCGCGGUCUCGUACGAGACCGGCGGAAGUUCCGGGUCCGGCGCAGUAUCCGGUAACGCCUUCAGGGUGACAGGAAGUAGCCAAGCCAUGGAGGAAGCCGUCAGCGGCACGUGGCGGCUUCACAUUCGUCAGUUAAAGGAGUCGGAUAAGGGUUGUUACAUGUGUCAGAUUAACACCAGCCCUAUGAUAUCGGAACUCGGAUGUUUGGACAUUCUUGUACCGCCGGAUAUCGUUUACGGAGGUGAUACCAGCGCCGACUUGGCAGUUUCGGAAGGCGACAAUGCAACUCUAAGCUGUAAUGCAACGGGAAGACCGACCCCAAGAGUGUCCUGGCGAAGGGAAGACGGAGAACCCAUUCUCAUAAGGGUCUCUUCUCCUGGUGAGAAAUACGAGACCUACAACGGUUCCCAGCUGCAAUUCCAUCGCGUCGAGAGGCGACAAAUGGGGGCGUAUCUGUGCAUCGCCAGCAACGACGUGCCGCCUGCCGUUAGCAAGCGAGUGACACUCGCCGUGAAUUUUGCACCUGUCGUCAAAGCACCUAAUCAGCUUCUGGGAGCACCUUUAGGCACGGACGUGCAACUGAAGUGCUAUAUCGAGGCAUUCCCAAAUACAAUUAAUUACUGGGUAAAGAACCGACGGGGCGGCGAAGACGAGAUGCUGAUCGAGGGGCACAAGUAUGAAGUGCGGGAAGAACGAUCCGGCUACAAAGUUCUGAUGUCGUUGUUAAUCAAAGGAUUUUGCGAACAGGACGUGGGCAGUUACAAAUGUGUGUCGACGAAUAGCCUUGGCAAAGCCGACGGUACUUUAAGGUUAUACGUUAUUAAAAUCAAUUUCGAUAGAACAUCGCGUGCGAAAGAUCACGUACCUAUAAUCGACGGUUUAGCCAAGGCAGCGCAAAGUAGCGGCGCUAGUAGCGAUAGAGGAUUGUUCGGAAGUUGGAAAAAGUUAUGGCAUUUCUUAUCGAUAUGUCUAUUCAUAUCAGUGCUACUCUGACCGCGGUGAAGAAGGCAUCCGCUGUUGGUUACCGCUAAGCUGAGUGCCGAAUGAUAACUUUGUGCCAAAAGACAAGAAAAAUGCAAAAAUGUUGUGCGUGUGUGUGCGCGUAUGCGUGAACGUAUACAGAAAAUCAAAGAGAAUAUUUGGUUCCGAAAAAGGAAAAAAAAAAAAAAAAAAAAAAAAAAAAAAAAAAAAAAAAAAAAAAAAUGAAAAACUGAGAAAAUACUAAUAAUUUGAAUGCGCGUAUGAGUGACAAGCAACAGCGAACCAAAGGAGAAAUAAAUCGGAGGCUCGCGUUCUCCACAUCUUCCUAUUUCCCUUUCCUACUUCCAAAUGUCGAAAACAUUUUUAGAUCAAUGGAUGUUGUCAAUGUAUGCGCCCAUUUAGAUUUGCAAAUCAUUUUGUUAAUUGUCGAUUACAAAUCGAUGAAUCAAUGGAAAGACGCACCGCCAAAAAUAACAAGACAUGGAAACGCUGAAGCAGCUUGGCCCUUCCUAAUAAUGCUUAACAAAACGUUGAUAAUAAUACUUCACAAUCAUCUUAUCAUUGGUAUCAGCGUUGCGGAUAUUUAGACAUCAGGAAAUUCGAUGUUUCGAAAUAAAAAUA